AUAGGAACAAAAAUCCAAAACCCAGUCUAAUAUAAUUAUCAAACAAUAGCCUCUAAAACCGCCUACCAUCACCACUCUCCUCUUCUCGCUUCUCCCCUUCCCUUCUUCCCCUCGAUCGCAACGACCUAUCAACUCCCGAAUCUAAUUAAACCCCAAAAAAAUCCCACCCCAAGUUCCCUUUUUGUCCUCAACCAACCAAAUAUAACCAAGAAAAAGAAAAAGCAAGCAAGAUUUUAGGGAAGAAUCGAAAAUGGCCAGCCCCUCGUCCUCGUCAUCAUCGUCCAACCCGGCGCCGCCGCAGCCGUCGCCCUUCGUGCUGCUGUCCGACGACAUCGUGCUCAACAUCUUGGCGAAGCUGGAGGCAGACCCCCGCGACUGGGCCCGCCUCGCCUGCACCUCCGCCCGCUUCGCCGCCCUCGUCCGCGGCGUCUGCUGCCGCUCUCGCUGCGCCCGCGCCCUUCGCUCCGCCGCCGCCGACCUUCUCCCCUCCGCCGCCUCCGCCGCCGCCCUCCACAAGCUUUCCGUCUGCUGCCCUGGCCUCCUUCGCGCCGGCGUUCUCCUCGAGCACUCCGACUUCGGCCUCGAGCGCGACAUCGGCCCUGAUCUCUCCCUCCCCCCUCCUCAUUCCAAUUCUCCUUCCACCACCGCCGCCGACGGGGAGGCCGUCUCUGAUCCCUCUCCACCACCCCCCACUGCCGAUCCCCCCGCCUCACUCCCCUGCUGGUCCCUCUUCGACGACCUCUACUUCGACACUGUCUACGACCCCUCCGAGUCCUCCCAAAAUCCCACCUUUCCGUCCCCCGACUCCGAUUCCGCUGCUAAAAAUCCGAUCUUGAUCGCCCGGGAGCCCUCCAAGAAGCGGAGGAAGCGGUGGGUCGGCCCCGUCAACGCCCACCUCGCCUCCGGGUCCUGGACCCUAAGCCGGGAACAGGGGAACAAGCUCCUGGCCAGCCGGUUCAGAGGCGACUGCCUCUAUAUCUGCGAGUGGCCUGGCUGUGUCCACGUCGAGGAGAAGCGGAGGUACAUGCUGUUCAGAGGGGUGUUCAAGAAUUUCAAGCGGUCGAGGGUGUGGAGGACGAUCACCGACUCGAAUCGGGGGAAGAUUGAGCUGGACUGUGCCUUCUGCUCUUGCCAUGAGGCCUGGGAUCUCCACUCGGCAUUUUGCUUGAGGAGGGUCUUUGGGUUUCAUGAUGAUGGGGAGCCGGUGGUCCGGGCUUAUGUCUGCGAGAAUGGGCAUGUCUCGGGAGCGUGGACCGAGAGGCCGAUCUACCAGUGGUACAACUAGUGUGGGCAGUCUGCCACUAAGUAGCGGCCUGCUGGCAGGUUGUGAGAUCGUCAUGAGGAUGGAGAUGUUCAUUAUGCUUAGCUACAAGACUUUUCCAAAUGAUGUACAUGACUUCUGUUGGGAAGCAUUGGUUGAAUAAUGUGCAUCAGAUGCUUCUCAUUCAUAUAUUUGCUUUCUUUUCAUCGGGUUCUGUUGCAGGGCUAGGUGACCAGGUCACUUGUUUUUCCUUUUAAUGCCGGUUUUUUCACUCCCUUUUUAAUGCUAAUUUACUUCUAUUAUGUUUCAAAUAUCUUCCCUUAAUCUAACAUAACCUUAUUGCUUUCGUUACCCAUAUUCUUUUUAUUCUAUCAUUUGGCCAUGGAGCUCAUCCUAAUGUUUAUAUGAAUCAUUGUUCAACUA